AUGGAAAACACGACUAAGGAAAAUAUAGUCAAUAUCUCUACCAGCCCUCGAUCGAACUUUGACGUCGAUCCUUUGCUCGUUGCACAGUUAGUAAGCUUUGCAGUCAUCGUUCCUUUAAAUGUUUUGGGAAAUGUUUUAAUUUGCUGGAUUGAACUAUCAAGGAAAGUAGUCAGAAGCAGCAGCCUUUUCAUACUAAAUCUUGCCAUCAGUGAUUUAGCGGUGGGCCUCGUGAGUAUUCCACUCGACAUCACCGAGAUCCUCUCAGACCAGUGGCCCUUCUACGGUUUCGUGUGCAAAUUAGUCUACCCUUUCCAAACCGUUCUUAUGGCUGUGUCCGUCAUCACACUACUUUGUAUGGCUAUUGAACGUUACAGAGCAGUUGUUACACCUUUUAAGUGUAAGCCAACGAGCCGAUUUAUCAUUAAAGUCAUUGUCGUUGCAUGGGCAAUGAGCUUUCUACUGGUUACCCCGUAUACCCUAAUUUUGAAAAUGAAGAAUGGCAAGUGUGUAGAAGAUUGGCCAAGUCGAGAUCACGUCAGGAUCUACACCGUCAGUGUUUUCUCGGUGCUGUACCUUUUACCACUAACCCUCAUCACCAUCUUCUACACAAGAAUUGGUCUGUAUGUGCAGAUGGAGGCCCAGAGGUGGAAAUCAAUGGUAAGAUAUUAUGGUACUUCCAUACGUCAGGUGCGGGAAAUCGCACAAUCGCGGCACAGACAGAAUACGAAACUUAUAGCGGCAUUUAUAGCUGCAGUGAUGGUGUUUGCAGUAUGUCAGUUACCCACCCACGUCAUUUGGCUGUGGCAUGACUUCGACACUAAAAGCGAAGGGGAACACUUAGAUGUUGUGAUGCCAUUCUGCCACAUUCUAACAUAUUUAAAUAGCGCCAUUGAUCCAUUUAUCUUUGGAAGCCUUAAUGCUCAGUUGUUACGAAAGAAAGUAAGAUCAAUGUUUAACUUUCAAUGUUCGAAAAAACACAGCAUCAGUUGUCUCGCCUCAGGUAAUAGUAAAUACAGUAAAGGACGGGAAGAGUCAUCAUCGAGUGCUGAGACUGAGAUGCAAAGACUGGAGAACGACAUAAAGGAGACCAACGUUUAG